UCACGCUGCCAUCCGCCUUCUCCAGCAUGUAUUUCCUGGUCUUCGUGGGGAUCUGCACUUGGUGGGCCUGCCACUUUCCCAUCAGCCAGGUGGGCUUCAACGUCUUGUGUGUCAUCGUGGACGUCUUUGCUGGAGGUCACCUCAUCUGCCUAUAUGGCUACCAGACCCCCUUUAUGCAAGAGACCCUCCCACCCCCGGAUCUGUGGGCACGUUUGUUUGGCUUGAAGGACAUCAUCCAGUUUGAGGCCUGCAGCAGGCCCAACACGCUGCUCCUCAACGUUGACCUCCCGUGGCCUGUGUAUGCCAACCCGGGGAUUCUGCUGGUGCUCUAUUAUGUCUUGGCUACCCUGGUGAAGCUCAGCAGGUCCCAUUCCCAUGACCAGCGGAGGGACAUUCCUGAUUCAACAUCGGAGUUGCUGGAGCUGGAGAAUUGGCCCCGGGAGCAGGAGGGCCUGGCUGAAGAUGCUAAGCCAAUGCUGGCUCCCGCAGCUGACCCUGAGAACUGCACGGUGCACGUGAUUGGAGAAGCCGGCCCACCAGCUGGCAGAAAACGAGAACGGCGGAAGGAGAAGCAGCUGCUGCAGUUGUUGGGCCACAAGGUCAUGACCCAGAGUUACAUCUGUGCCCUCAUCGCCAUGAUGGUCUGGAGCAUCACCUACCACAGCUGGCUGACAUUCGUGCUGCUGCUCUGGGCAUGCCUCAUCUGGAUUGUGCGGAACAGGCACCAUUUCGCCAUGCUCUGCUCCCCCUUCAUCCUCCUCUACGGGAUCGCCCUCUGCAGCUUGCAGUACAUCUGGGGCAUGGACUUGGAAAAGGAGCUGCCCACCAAAGUCGGCUUCAUGCGGCUGGAGCAGCUGGGCCUGGCACGCCACAAGUACCCCUGCUUAUCCCUCGGAGCCCAGCUCCUUUACACUCUGACUUUCUGGCUCCUGCUGCGGCAGUUUGUGAAGGAAAAGUUGCUCAAGAAGAAGCCCCCGCCCACCCCCUUGGUGGAGGUGACCGUGGCAGACUCCGGGCUGGACCGCAAGAGGGAUAUGCUGAAGAUUCUGGGGGCUUACGUGACGGGCUUCUAUGCCAAGUUCUGGAUCCUGGUCUGCGCCGGCAUGUUCAUCGUUGUCAGCUUUGCGGGGCGCCUGGUGGUCUACAAGAUUGUCUACAUGCUGCUGUUCCUCCUCUGCCUCACUGUCUUCCAGGUGUACUACAGCCUCUGGCGAAAACUCCUCAAGAUUUUCUGGUGGUUUGUGGUGGCCUACACCAUGUUGGUGCUCAUUGCGGUUUACACCUUCCAGUUUGAGGACUUCCCCAUGUACUGGCACAACUUCACCGGGUUCACCAAUGAGCA